AUGGAACCAACAGCCACGGCCUUCUUCUCCAUAGUGAACCUAGUCAAGACGAUUGUUGGGGCGGGGAUGCUAGCCAUUCCCUACGCCUUCAGGAGUGAUGGUGUUCUUUUGGGCGUCACCCUGACCCUUAUUGCAGCCAUAACAUCAGGAUUCGGACUCUUCGUUUUGGCCAAGUCUUCCAAAACUUUGACCGAUCCUCGCCAGUCGUCCUUCUUUACUCUUUGCUCUAUAUCUUAUCCCGCACUUUCUCUAGCGUUUGACUUUCCAAUGUUCUUGCAAUGUUAUGGUGUGGGGCUGAGCUACCUCGUUCUUAUCGGAGACUUGUUUCCUGGAAUUCUGGGAGGAACCCGUAAUGGCUGGAUUUUGGCAAGUGCUGUUCUCAUUGUACCACUUUCGCUAAUUCGUAGAUUGGAUGGAUUGAAAUACUCGAGCAUUCUUGGCCUUUUUGCAAUUGGUUACUUGGUGUGUUUGAUCUACGGUACUUUUAUUUACGAUGUUGUGCUAACAAACAACUAUAAGGAAUUCAGAGGUGAUGUUUCUUGGGUGCGCGUUUAUGAUUUGAAGGGAAUGGUCAGCACGUUUACCAUCAUCAUUUUUGCAUACACCGCAUCCAUGAAUAUGUUUAGUAUUAUCAACGAGUUAAAGGACAACAGUAUGACUAACAUCUCUAAAGUGAUUAAUGGGUCCAUUGGAAUCUCUACUUUACUUUACGUGAGUGUGGGUCUUUGCGGGUAUCUCACCUUUGGCAGUAAAGUAUUGGGUAAUAUCAUGCUAAACUACGAUCCAAAUUCUAGAUGGAGUCAACUCGGUAAGCUUUGCCUAGGAUUUGUGGUAAUUUUAUCAUUCCCUUUGAUGUUUCAUCCGUGCCGUAUUGCUGCGAACAAUAUGUUCCACUGGUUUCAAAUUACCUAUGGCCGCUGCGAAGAACACCAAGAAAUCAAUACGGAACAUGUUCAUCAAUCAACCCCGAUUGCCAUGGUUGUCGAAGAUGAAGAAGAUAGACAGGUGCUUGGGGUGCAAGACACUUAUCAGUCCAUUGCCCAAAACAAUGGCGCUGAUAUCGAGCGCCAGGUCAAUAAAAAGAAGGAAGCUGUUCCUUUUCCAAACCUCAGAUAUUACAUUAUGACAGCACUCUUGCUAUCAUCUCUUUACGUGCUUGCUUUGAAUGUUACAUCAUUUGCGUUGGUUCUAGCAUUAGUAGGUGCAACAGGCUCCACUGCAAUUUCUUUUACGUUACCAGGUCUAUUUGGAUACAAGCUAAUCGGCUCUCAAGCAGUGAUGAAUGGUCAGCUCAUGUCAAAAGCUGAUGUAUUUUACAAAAAAUGCAGUUUACUAUUGGCGUGGUUUGGAAUUAUUGUGAUGUGCCUUUCCUUGUAUGUGACCUUGUACUAUGGUGCUUAA